AUACACACACGCACGAACACAUUCAUUCUCUCUCUCUCUCUCUCUCACGCACACCAACUGUGACACCUCUCCCUCUGCCUUCGCAUGUUAUAUCGGAGCUCCGGCUCCACAAACGGAGCCCCAUCUUAAAAUAAAUUAAAAAAGCUUUCUACUUUAUAAUUUUUAAAUUUCUUUUCCCAUAGGGAUUUUUACUAAUUUUUAUUUAUAAUUUUUACCAUUUUUUAAAAUUUGAGGCUAUUUUUAUUUUCGCUCUGUGUGUGUGUGUGUUCAUCAGAUCUUGGAAGCGUGGAAAUGUCGAAACCAUGGGGUGGUAUCGGAGCUUGGGCCGCCGAGGCGGAGCGAGCCGAAGCCGAGGAGAAGGAGGCUGAGGCGGCGGCUGCGGCGGCUGCUGCGACGGCUGCCUCCGAGUCGCAGAGUUUUCCGAGUCUCAAAGAAGCAGUGAACGCCAAGCCCAAGAAGAAGAAGAUGACCUUCAGUCUCUCUGAGUUCAAUAAGUCUACUUACUCCGAUUCCGGACCCGGUGCUAGACCCAACGAGUACAAGGGUUUGACGCCGGACGAGAUGCUUCGCCUCCCUACCGGACCCAAAGAAAGGUCGCCGGAGGAAAUGCAGUAUGGUCGACUCGGUGGCGGUUUCUCAUCCUACGGUCGGUCUGGUCCUCCUUCUGGUCGUCUACGUGACCGUGAAGAUGGUGAUGGUUCUUGGGGUGGUGGUGGUCGAAAAUCGUAUGGUGGAUUCGAUGAGGAACGAAGGGGUCCAUCUUCUAGGGUUUCAGAUUUCGAUCAACCUUCUAGGGCUGACGAAGUGGACAAUUGGGCAAUGGGGAAAAAGUCUCUCCCUUCAUUCGAAUCGGGUCGGCAAAACAGGUACGGGUCGCUCGGAAGUGGUGGUGCUUCUAGGGCCGACGAGGUUGAUAACUGGGCGGUUGGGAAAAAGCCUCUUCCUUCUACUAGAUCCUCUACAUUCGGCUCCGGUGGUUUUCGCGAUUCGAGUGGUUUUCGUGACUCGGAGCCCGAUCGCUGGACCCGAGGUGGUGGAUUGCGUGAGGCAGAAAGAGAGCGACCAAGAUUGGUUUUGGAUCCACCGAAAGGCGAUGCCGGAGCAAAUGAACCGCCGGUAGUGAAGACGAACAGGCCCAGUCCGUUUGGUGAUGCGAGGCCCAGAGAGGAUGUUCUGGCUGAGAAAGGGUUGGAUUGGAAGAAGAUGGAGUCUGAAUUUGAGGCCAAGAAAACGAGUAGGCCAACCAGUGCGCAUUCAAGCAGGCCUUCAAGUGCACAAUCCAGCCGGUCUGAAGGUCCUGGAUUGCAGGCUGGCGAAAAUGUGGUGAAGUCGAAGCCCAAGGUGAAUCCAUUUGGGGAUGCCAAACCUAGGGAAGUUUUGCUGGAGAAACAAGGUAAAGAUUGGCGGAAGCUUGAUCGUGAAUUGGAGCAUCGUAGUGUUGACAGACCUGAGACAGACGAGGAAAAGGCAUUGAAGGAAGAAAUAGAUCAUCUAAGAAAGGAACUUGAGGAGCAAUCUAAUCUCAACGGGGAAUCUGUGCAAGCGUCUGGUGGACACCAGCCCAGUUUACAUGAUAUUAUUCUUGACAAAGAAGCAGAAUUGGAAAAGCUGGCUCAUGAAUUGGAUGACAAAGUACGUUUUGGACAGAAAGCCAUUGAAAGGCCUGGUUCUGGAGCAGGUAGGCCUGGUUCUGGAGCAGGGAGGGCUGGUAGCUUUCUUGAGAGAACACCUUCUCAAUCUGGGUCAAUUGAUGAAUCUAGAAGUGUGGGUUUGUCAGACAGGCCUCGAUCACGUGGCACAGGAGAUAUGUAUGCAAGACCUGCUGAUGAUAGAAAAGCAUUUCAAGGUGGCAGGGAAAGAGGAUUUCUGGGCAGCAGAGACUUGGACAGGUCAAGAUCGAGGGAAAGAUGGUGAACAAACAGUUUCUGUGGAUUCAUUGAAUUAUCUACUUUUGACAACCAGAACCAAAUAAUAUUUUGUUCCUCACCUUUUUUUUUUUAAUUUUUUUUCUUCAUUUUGCUUUGGGAAUUCGAGCAACGAUUAUUGAGUACUGGCACCAGGGAACUCUUGCGUUAAAUCUUAUUGUUACAUCUUGGAAACCUUGUAAAAUUGCAAUUUUUUUUUCUUUUUCGUCUUUCUUUUUCUCCUUCUCUGUUUAAAUUAAGGAGGCUGUAUUGUUUUGUAGGACUCGGUUUUUGUUGGACACAAUGGGAUUCACUAGCCUUUAUCUCUUGUGACAAUUAUUCUGAGUGUUAUACAGAUUGUUUUCCUUUUGCACCA